AUGACAAGAGCAACUGAAGCAUUCACAAAACUUGGAUUAGCAGCAGUAGUAUAUUUGGUCCUCUUGUUUGGGCUCGUUCCUCUUCCAGAGGUCAUUCAAAAUAAGAUCGUGCCUGUGUUUCCAUGGUGGUCCCUUGUUACAUUCGGAUCGUAUAGCUUGGGUUACUUGGGCUGGCACGUCAUGAAUUUCAGCGACUGUCCUGAUGCGUAUACAGAGCUCAUGGGUGAAAUCCAACUGGCCAAAACCGAUUUAACAUCGAAAGGCGUCUCUCUUUAG